AAAAAACCAAUUCGCGAAGUACCUUCCCUCUUACCAGACAUACAUGUAUAACUCUCGUACAAAGUAUUCCGUACAAGAAUUUUUGAUACUUUUGCGCUCACCCUCUUCUGCCUGAAGAGGUGUCACCCGGUCCUCCUCUAAAUCAGCCAUACACCUCUAAUCCUUUUUUUUUUUACUAAACUUCCUGCUGUUAUACAAUAUUCUUCUCAAGGCAAAAUGUCUACCAAACGAAAACCGCUGAGCAAGAUUGCCCAGCCGGUUGUUAAGCAGAGCGCAAAGAAGCCACUUAAAACUACCAUUAACGAGUCAGAGACAGCUGUCUCAGUUCCUGAUAUUUCAAAGGAUGCCGGAAUUACGGAAGAGAAAGUAAUAGAGAUUUCAAGCGACGAAGGCAGUAGCGAGUACGAAUUCACAGACGAGGAACAAGACGAUAGCAAAGCCAAAACAGAGACCAAUUCAUCCCAAACCAAAUCCCUACGGAAGAAGGCGCAUGAACAGCAAGAAAAUACCGAGGAUGUUGAUGUGGACAUGCCCUCACCAAACCUGCCAACAGAUGGCGAGUCUGACCAAGAACCCGCUCAGCCGACGUUUGGUGAACUUGCGCGCGCGCACGAUACCAUCGAUGUUCCAAAUGCAACUUCUGCCCAGUCUAAUGCUGUCACUACUCCCGGGCGGUCUCUAGCUCCUCCUAGCCUCUCCUCCUUAGGAACUGUUCUGUCUCAGGCACUCCGUACUGAUGACGCAGAUCUCUUGGAGUCCUGUCUUCACGUCACCGAUCUCACUACUGUCCGACAUACCAUUCAGAGAUUAGACUCUACGCUCGCAGGGGUAUUACUUACCAAACUUGCGACUCGAAUGCACAGACGUCCGGGAAGGGCCGGUAGUUUGAUGAGCUGGGUGCAAUGGACGCUAGUUGUACACGGAGGCGCAUUAGCAACCCAGCCGGGUUUGGCUAAGAAGUUAAGCGAACUGCACAGAGUAUUAGAAGAGCGAUCAAGGGGCCUCAACUCCCUUCUCGUCCUAAAGGGAAAGCUUGAUCUGCUGGAAGCGCAAAUGGAGUUCCGUAGAUCUGCGCAACAGCACAGGGGGGCGGAUGAAAGCGAUGAUGAAGAAGCCGUCGUCUAUGUGGAAGGGGAAGAAAGUGAUGCUGAUAUUGUUAAUGGAGGUAUGGACCUUGAUGACGACGACGAUGGGCUACCUGUUACAAAUGGUGUGGUCAACGAUGACUCGGAAGACGAUGAAGAAUCAAGUGAGGACGAAGAAGAUGAAGAAGACUUGGAGGGCCAGGAGGAUCUAGAUGAGAAUGAUGUCAACCACGAAGAUGUCGAAUCAGAGGAAGAAGAUAGCGAAGCUGAAGUGACCGAAGCUCAGCGACCAGCAAAACGAUCGAGGACGAAAAGAAGAUGAAAGAUCGUCACUGGGAAGCAUUAAACAGUCAUUUUCGAUUCAGUCUAAACGAUACCCGUUACCCUCUGAAUCGCUUACUAUAUCCGGUGCUUGUAUUGGUGCUGCGCAACCCGUAGAGACAUGGAACUUCUGUGGUAUAAUCGAAUUCAGCCGGUUUGAAGUUGCUCAGCUUCUGUUUAGGAAUAUAAGCACGUUGUAAUCAACGUUGUCUGUAUACGCGUAACUUGAUAUGCGAUUCUGAUUCUACCUAAUUCAUUUGGUUAACCGUUAGGUAGGUACCUUAGGUAGGCUCAAUAGGUUAGGUUAGGUGUAGGAGGUACCUACCAUAGUCAGGGUAGUCCGUGACUUGAACCCCUAAUGAUUUAGGGGUGACGUAAGCAUGACAGGCAGCGGCCGUUAGCCACCCUCGUUUUGUACAUAUGCAGGUACCCCCUAAGCUUGAAAAUGGUUGUCAGCUAAUUGGUUGACAAACCCGUAU